GAUUCCCCUUUUCUUUUUUUCCUGGAGUCUCUAGUGGUGUUUAUCUGACUCUCUUGCAUCCGGAUUACUUCAGCGGAGGUGGGGUUGGGGAGAAGAGAUGGGACUGUAGAUCCACUUCUCUGGAGGACUUGUGGUCAUUUGAAUCCAGGUAUUUUCGUUGCCAGUUGGAAUAGGCAGCCUCUGGCUUUUUCAAUACCCCAUUUGUCAUCGGUGAUAGAUAGGCUUGACACUGGGGCGGUGAUGUGGGAAAGCAAAACCCAUUUACUUAGGUCUGGUUACCCUUGGCCUCUGUACCUGUCCUGAAGGGAAUGCUUUUUUAACGUUAAUGAACUGAUUGUGUUCUUUAAGCCCUGGAAAGUGAGAGUUGAGUGGAAUAGGAUCAGGAGAGAGUUCCUCUGAUGCAGCCUCUAAAACUCCCCAUUUUGUAAACAGCAUGAGAUUUUUAUUUUUCUCCAACCACCCCUUCUUUUUCGUUUUCUCCCAUCUUUUUUAAUCAACAGAUUCCGGAAGGAGGCAUGUGGUUGGGCUUAGAGCAGCAAGUUUUUAGUGAAAUUUUAGUUAACUUGUGAGGUCUUGUCUAUCUUUCAAGAAGUUAAUACACAGGCAGAGUACAAAAGGCUCUGUAUUGAGAAGUGAACAUCCCACUAUUUUUAUCAAAUAGCUCUUCCCCCGACUCCCAAGACUGGGUUUCUUUGUGUAGCCCUGGCUGUCUUGGAACUCACUCUGUAGACCAGGCUGGCCUUGAACUCAGAAAUCUGCCUGCCUCUGGGUCCUGAGUGCUGGGAUAAAGGACACACUGCUAUCACAGCCCUGCUAGUGGCUUCUUAAGUCAACAAGCACUUCUGCAAUGUAGGACCUGUCAAAGAAGUGAAGCAGCCAUGGAAGCACUCCCAUUUAUUACAUAACAGUGCAUUUAGAACCUUGAUCAUUAAACACAAAAUUCUGAAAGAUUGCCUGAAGGAGAUAAUGGACUCCUACAAAUUACCUAAAAAAAACUCGUUGAAUCGAUAGCCGGUUUCACUGUUCUGAAUGUCAGCUGCUGAGGAUGCCGGUAGAAGAUGAAGCGACUGAAGAGGACCCCGAAGCAGUCUCCUCCCAAAGGAGAAGCAACAGUAUUUCUAAAUGACAGAGCUUGACAAUUUUUGUACGAUAUGGAGGAUUUUGAUCUGGUGGAAACUUUACAAAAAACGUCACCUUCUGUAGAAUCUGAUGUCAAAAGUACUCCCCAUUCUCUUGGGUUGAGCUCACAUGCUAAUAGAAGUAGUCCCCACCUUAGUACAAAUGGGGUAUCCUCUUUCUCAGGGAAGACCGGGCCACCUGUCAUUCAAGGCACAGUCGAAGUCCUCACUGCUUUAAGACAAGACCUACAGAACAGUGGCCGGACUGACGCGGAACUUUGGAAGAACUGUGAGGCCAGGUGGUUGCAGCUCUUCAGUGUGAUUGAACAGCAUUUCCAGGAGCAGGUCGUGACCCAGCAGGAGCAGUUCCAUCGGCAGAUCCAGCGGAUACAGGAGGAGAUACGGAAGUUGGUGAAACUCCAGGCCAGCAAUGCUUCCUGGCCAUCCUGCAGCAGCUCUGUGAGCGAACAGGUGUCCUCAGAAAGCCAAAUGGGCUUCUUUUCUGAAAACAGCGAGAGAAAUGAGUCUGUGGCCAGUUACCCAGCGUCUAAGGAACCCGAGACCCAGCCAGCAUCGUCCACAUCCCACCCAGAUUGCAAUGUGGACAGCAGCUCACUGAGUAGUGGCUACGGGACUUUCUGCCUCCUGGAGAUGAACACCCACAAGGCUAAGGAGCCCACGGAGCCCUUGGAGCCUGAGGCAGCUUCCCAGGGGCAGCACACAGCCACUGCAGUGCAGGCACAAGCCCAUGCAGGAGGCACAGCAGCCAUCAACUUCUUCACACAGACCCCUGAGGAGCUUUGUGCGUCUCUAAAGGAAGAUGUCUCCAUUUUUCCUGGUGAAUUCGAACAUAAUUUUCUUGGCGAAAACAAGAUCUCUGAAGUAUACAGUGGAAAAGCAAAUAGUAGUAAGGCUCUAACAUCCUGGGCACAAAAGCUGAAGCAGAACCAGCCAAAGCAAGCACAUGCAGAAGACGACUGCUCCAGACCUAAGCCAGCGACAGGGAGCGAGCUAACCUGGAAGCCUCCAGUUGAUACAUCUAACCUUCCUGCCGACGCUGCACGUCCUUGUGCCUUUUACCUCAAUAAGCCAGCCGAAAGCCCAAGUUCUUGGUCGUCUGAUUCAGGGACAGGGCUGACUUACUGGAAGCUGGAGGAGAAGGACAUGUAUCACUCUUUGCCCGAAACAUUGGAGAAGACAUUUGCACCAUCUCCUGCAGAGAGGCCACUGAGCCAGGUCCUGACUCUGGAUCCGGCCACACACAGGAAGCCAAAGGAGCAGGCUGCCAGCAUCCAUCCCCAUAGCUUUUUGAAUACUCUCGAUGACAGAAUAUCCUUUUCCCCAGACUCCGUUCUGGAACCAAGCCUGUCUAGUCACUCUGACAUUGACUCGUUUUCACAAGCAAGUCAUAAUGCUUCUCAGGUAUCUGGGUUCCCCAAAUAUCCGUCAACUACGAAAGCAUCGCCUGUGGACACUUGGAAAAGCCAUGCAUUCCAAAGUGAAAGUAGGACCAGUUCCACGAUCCCUUCACGCUACACCAUCACUAGCAACGAUAUCUCAGUCAAAACUAUAGACGAAGAAAACACUGUCACAGUGGCCUCAGUCAGUCAGUCCCAGCUUCCAGGUACAGCCAACAGUGUCCCAGAAUGCAUUUCAUUGGCUUCCCUGGAAGAUCCUGUGAUGUUGUCUAAGAUCAGGCAGAACCUCAAGGAAAAGCACGCACGACACGUAGCCGACCUUCGAGCUUAUUAUGAGUCGGAGAUAAGUGCUCUGAGACAGAAACUGGAGGCCAAAGACAUUUCUGCUGUCGAAGAGUGGAAGAAGAAAAAUGAAGCUCUUGUGGACAGAUGUGGCCAGCUGGAUAGUGCACUGACUGAAGCUACUAGUCGAGUGCGAACCCUUGAAAAGAAGAACAAUUUGCUAGAAAUAGAAGUGAGUGACUUGAGAGAACGCUUCAAUGCAGCCAGCAGUGCCUCCAAAAUUUUGCAGGAACGAAUUGAAGAGAUGAGGACAAGCAAUAAAGAGAAAGACAACACCAUCACGCGGCUAAAGUGCCGGCUGCAGGAUCUAGAAGAAGCCUUUGAGAAUGCUUACAAGCUCUCAGAUGAUAAAGAAGCCCGGCUGAGACAAGAAAACAAAAUGUUUCAAGAUCUCUUAGGAGAGUAUGAGUCCCUCGGCAAAGAGCAUGGGCGAGUAAAGGAUACAUUAAACAUGACCGAGAACAAACUGCUUGACGCACAUACUCAGAUUUCUGACUUGAAAAGGAUGAUCUCAAAACUUGAAGCUCAGGUGAAGCAGGCGGAGCACGAGAGUAUGCUGAGUCUUCGCCACAGCGCUAAAGCUCCCACGAGGCCAUCCCGGGCCAACACACUAGCCACCUCGGAUGUCAGCAGGAGGAAGUGGCUGAUCCCGGGAGCAGAGUACUCCAUCUUCACUGGGCAGCCUCUGGACAGCAGGGACAAGCAGACAGACAGACAGCUGCAGGAAACCGGUGUUCCUGGAUACCAUUCUCCUCCAGAAAAGGACUCUUCACUUGGAAAGUCACCAGCAAGCUUAUUGAUUAAAAAGAAGAGGGACGCACCAGACACUCCACCAAUCAUUAAGGCUUUAAAGGAACUUGAUGAAGAAAGACUGUUUAAAAAUUGGGGGACACAGACAGAGAAAGAGGACUCCUCAAGUAAAUUAGUGAAUCCUCGGCAGACUGAACCUUCAGUCAAUACAGGCCGUUCCCCAGAGAAAUGUGCCCAGCAGAGACCAAAGAGACAGAGUUCAGCUUCACAGAGGUCAUCGUCUCUCCCACCUUCCAAUCGGAAAGCCAACACUCCAACAAAAAGAGAGAUUAUGUUGACGCCAGUGACCGUGGCUUAUAGUCCUAAGCGGUCCCCUAAAGAAAAUUUGUCCCCAGGAUUUAGUCAUCUCCUUAGCAAAAAUGAAAACAGUCCAGUUCGAUUUGAUAUCCUUUUGGAUGAUUUAGAUACUGUUCCUGUGUCCACGUUACAACAAACCAGUCCACGGAAGCAGCUCCAGUUUCUUGAUGACAUGGAAGAAAAAACCAGUGAUGACCCUGUUAAUCCUAGCUCUUGUCCUGAACACUCAGCAAAUGGCUUGAAGAAAGUGUCCACGAAACAAGCCUGGGAGAAGAGUAAAUCACUUAGCCUUGAGCAGUGCAAGCCGGCAUCAGCAGCAUCACAGGAUAACGAUUUUGAAUAUACCGCAAAGAUUAGGACCCUAGCUGAAACGGAGCGGUUUUUUGAUGAACUUACAAAAGAAAAAGACCAGAUCGAGGCAGCACUAAGCCGAAUGCCAUCUCCUGGAGGAAGAAUCACUUUACAAACAAGACUAAAUCAGGAGGCCUUGGAAGAUCGUUUGGAAAAGAUCAAUCGUGAACUGGGUUCAGUUCGAAUGACACUCAAGAAGUUUCAUGUUUUGCGAAGCUCUGCAAAUCUCUGAGACUGGUAGCCAUUAAACUUGAGACAUUUUUGUUUGCACUAAUGUACAAUUAUGCACUCGGAAAAGGCAAGCUCUUUUCUACUGUUUAUAAGCCUUCAAACAGUAGUUUUACAAUCAUGCUAUUCUUACACCUGCUAUUUUAUACUUAAAAUGGCCACAUAUUUUCAAGAUAUUUUUGUUAUGCUCAGGAACCUCUUGUAUAUUUUACUAUUUAAAAAGCAUUAUUUUUAAAUAGCCUAUGUGUCCAAUUUCUAUCAACAAUACGGAAAUGUAAAUGGGGAGGCAGCUUGUUUCUAAAGAAAUAGUGUUAUCCUUUUACAAUGAACUUUGCACACUGAUUUUAUAAACUUGUUCUACAUUGUAAAUAUAAUUCAUUUUUAAAAUAAAUGCUUAGUAGCUUCCAUAAGGAUAGACUAAUAUGCUAAAUAUUUAAAAUAUUAUAGUACAGUUUGCAUUUAGGCUCUGUAGAAGUUUUUAAGACAAGAUAACACAAUUCCUAUGUGAAAAACAUCCCUGAAGUGAGUAGUAGAAUAACUGGGCUGGCAAGAAGGCUCAGCAGGUGAAAGGGCUUGCCGCCAAGCCUGAAGACCAGUUCAAGGUCCAGGACCCACAUGUCACAGAGAAAGAGAUGACUCCCACAGGUCGUCUUCUACAUCCAUGCCGGCAUAUCCACAUCCUCUCCCACCCCAGUAAGUAAAUGAUAAAAAAUAAAUUAGUAGUCCUCGAGUGUUGGAGAGUUUAAAACUAUGGAAAUAUAACUUCUUUCUCUAAAACAGUUCUGUUUGUGAGGGAAGAAAAUGACUAGAGAUGGAAGGCGGCAGGGAGAGCUGGAGUUUUCUGCCCGUCAUCCAUGCUUUAUGCUGUGGCUUGCCUUGGACUGCUUCAGGGUAACUCCCGUUUCCAUUAAACAUUAAGCUUUAGCUCCCAAAGUCAUCGUCGAAACAUUUCACCCUCUUAACCUUACCUUACACACCACCCCACCCUUGCCAAAGAGAAAACACUUCAUAAUAGCUACUGUAAGAACUAUUGGUCUGUACUCAGAGCUCUCUACUCUACUGAUAAUGGCCAGGGGAUGUGUCCUGACAGAGCUAGCGUGUUUCCCAGGGCCUUGCAGCAGACUGUAGCCCAUCACCUGACUGGCAUUCCCUAACUCUCUCUAAGAGCACUGUGUGGGCAGGAGAAGCUGUUCUGCUCUUGGAGCAGCAAGUAUCCUGUCUGUGUUGGGACUGUUGGUGAUGUCUGGGCUGCUCGCCCACUCACUUUCUGGUGACCAGUCCGAACCCAGCACCCACGUAUUUGUACUCAGAAUCUGCGGACAGACUCAUCUGAGCUCUCACAGUUGGUUUCCAGGGCCAGGGCUCAGGCUUCUGAUUUUGGUUUGCCUCUGAGUUCUUUCUCUAUAAUGAGAGUAGUUACAACGAACCAAGGCAUCCUAGCAACCCACUUGCGGUGUAUAUGUCUCAGCAGGGUUUCGGAUGGUCUUUGAACACUUUCUCACCAAAGCUUCACCUUGGGGCUUAUUCAGCUUGGGACUCUCAGACAGGAGGGGACCCUUGGGGUAAUACCUAAUCUUUGAGCUCAUCUUCUGUAACCAAUGAAGACUUAAUCAGGAUUCCUUAUCAUUAGAAGCAAGUGCCUUUAUUCUUGAUUUUUCUUUCAGCCUUUAAAAAGUUAUGUUGCAGUCAAAAGGCUCCUUUUAAGCAAGCUCCUGUGUGGCUUGUGACUAGAGCUUAUAAAGGGAUUGCCCUCCCAUGUGACUUACAGAGCUAACAAGCUGAGGGUAAUGUACAGGCAGUGACAGAGUGCUCGCCACGUGUAUGAGGGCGCGUGCCUUGGCACCAACACACAAGACCGCCCGAAGAAGCUACCAGUGCUCUUGUCUGUCUCAUUGUUCCCUCCUUUCAUUGUGUAGUCAACUGCAUUCUUAAGACGAAAUUGUCACUUCAGAUGAGGUGGUAGCUUUAUCUUGCCAAGGAGUUAUCUUCUUAGGUGCCUAUAAUUGGCUUAUUCCAAAAAAAGGCAUUGAGCGCCAUCAAAACAUCUUCUGUGCUUCUCAGAAAGCAUAUGCUUCAGUUUCUAAAGUGUGUAAUAGAUUUAAACUAUCAAUUACUUAUUUGAAACAAAUUUUAUUCGUUUCUUCUUCAUAGCUAUAAAGAAAGACACCACGGAGAAUUCUUGCAGUGCCCUCUCCCCUGAGUAAUGCAUAUCUUAUGAACACUCAGCUAAAAAGUAGCUCAGCCUAAAAGUGGGCAGGGUAGCUGUCUUAGAGAGCAUCUGUCACCCAAGAGAGGCAAACUGUUUCUAUGCUGGGAUGUACUGCAGCUAGUAAAAAAAUAAAAGCCUCCGUGAGCCUGCAGUUUCGGGAAGUGCCUUUUAACGUGAUCAUAGAAAGUGAACUCUCCAGCUGUGGAGAUCUGUCCCUCCCUCCGUACAAAGCCAGUCUGCAAGAGCGGAGCUGGAAGGGACGGCUCCAGGUGAAGCAUUAGCUUAGUUAUAGCUAAUGCACUGCUGAGAGAGAAGAGAGGUUUGGAGCCUGGCAAACCUGGGCCGCACCCUGCCUCAGGCCCCCUUUCCUCAGUUUAAAGACCCAAGAAUAGGAGAUUCCUUUCAGUUCAAAUAGGCCAGUGUGAAUUAAGUGUUCUCCAAACAGAUUAAGAUUCAGAUUAAUCAAUUACAGGGAUGUUGAAAUAGUGAUUUUUCAAAAUGAUUUAUUACUUUUUAUGUGCACUGGUGUUUUGCCUGCAUGUAUUAUCUGUGUGAGGGCGUCAGAUCCCUGGAACUGGAGUUACAGGCAGGUGUGAGCUGCCAUGUGGGUGCUUGGAAUUGAACCUGGGUCCUCAGGAAGAAGGGCUAGUGCUCUCAACCACUAAACCAUCUUUUUGCCCCUUGAUUCCUUUUUUAAAGGCAUACUAGGGACACACACAUGUUAGACAACUCCACCACUGAGCUACAUUCCCAGUGAUUUCUUUCUUUUCUUUUUUUUUUUUUUUUCUUUCUUUUUUCCAGAGCUGAGGACUGAACCCAGGGCCUUGUGCUUUCUAGGCAAGCCCUCUACCACUGAGCUAAAUCCCCAACCCCCAGUGAUUUCUUUUUAAAGUUGUUGAUUUCUUACAAUCGCUACAUUGGGCUGUCAUUUGUGUUGGGUGGUCUAUGUUAUCUUUGCUCUUUGCUAAAAUCACGGGUUUUCUUGGAUUUUAAAUGAGCAUCCAUGGUAUGCUAUUUAUUUAUUGAAUGACUGAAAAGUAUAAAAAGUUAACCUAUCAAAUGUAAAUUCAGAAAGAAUUUUAAUCUUAAUGGGUGAAUGGGAUUUAUUGAGUAUAAAUAUUGGCUUCUUUCCAUUAUCGUUUAUUGUUAGCUUAACUAAAGUAACUUUUCUUUCAAAGGUCCCAUGAUUAGACCCCUAAAAGCCAUGGGCCAGCUGCAAGAGGUGCCUGCCACUGAGUGUCAGACAUAAAUAUGGAUUUACAGACAUGACUAGUGUCACCCUUUUAACCUAGGAAAGCUUUGCCAAAUGCUGCUUGUCUUUUGAACCCCGCAUUCAAAUAUGUAGUAAAACCAGGUAUCCUCAUCCUAAGUGUCACAUGACCCAAGAACAGUUUUCACUCAUUUUAAAUGUGCAACUUUGUGCUGUAAGUCUUUACGAACCUUAAAGUGAGUGAGAGACAGGGUCCUUUGGAAGUCACAUUCGUCAGUGGAUCAUGCACACUUUUGUAUGUUACAAAUCUGAUUAAAUCCCUGCCAGAAAUUAUUUCCUGCCCUGCCAAGAGCAACAUGGAGAAGUUCGAUACCUUGUUAGACUAGUCCAGUGUUCUUAGGACCUCACUAAAAGCUUUUCCCCCCCAUCUGGCUUGCCCUUUAUUUCACCUGAGACCUCAGACACAUGAGGAAUCAAGCCAUAACUUUGCGUCUGCUGAUCAUUCCCUACCAUGCCUUCACUAUGACUACAGAUUUCAAAGAUAAUUGUUUUACUUACAUUGUACACUUGAACUGUAACAGGGACCCAUAAUGUGAAAAACAGUCAUUGCUUCAUAUUGUGCUGCUGAUGGAAAGACGAAGUGCUUGCCGUGGUUUCGUUUUUUUGUUUUUGUUUCUUCUUCAGUCUUUCAUAAACUGAAGUUGUAAGCUCUGUGAGAGCAGGGACCAUAUCAUCCUCCACCUUGCAUUUAGGCACUCAAUAAAUAUUCGUGGAUAUGA